AUGGAUAAGCAUGACUCCGGAGUGAAGCCUAUCGUUUGGCCGACCGAGGAUAUCGACCAAAGACGGAAACGGGCAGAGGCGCGACUCCCUCAGGUUUCUGCUUACGGCGCAAAUACAACCUUCACUUUCUACGAGGCGUUUGAUAAGUACCCAGUGAAAGGGAAAUCGGUGCUGGUGGUGGGGAGUCAAGUCCCUUGGCUUGAGGCGAUUCUCCUGGCAUAUAAGGCUGGGUCGAUCACGACCGUUGAUUUCAACAAACCGGUUGCAGAUUAUCCCGAAUUGAGGCUGUGGAAUAUUGCUGAGCUGGACGCCACAGAUGAGACCUUUGACGUGGUAGCUUCGUAUUCGUCGCUGGAGCACGAUGGGCUGGGGAGAUAUGGCGAUCCGCUAAACCCGGAUGGGGAUCGGCUCAGAAUGAAGAAGAUCAGGGGUCUUCUCAAGCCAGGAGGGCUCUUCUUCCUGGGGCUCCCAGUGGGCAACGACACGCUGGUGUUCAAUGCACAUCGGGUGUACGGCCCCAUCCGCAUGCCGCUCCUGCUCGAGGGAUGGAAGCUGCUGGGAGUGUUUGGGGUGUCCAGUCUCGAAGCAGCUUAUAGGGAGAACCUGAAAGCGCAACUCUUACAGCCGGUCAUGGUGCUGAGGUAG